CCGCUCGUCACUUGAGCCGAGACUCCGUCAACCCAGAAGACUCGUAUUAAAAAGACGACUGAAAUAGCGAUUUUCUCCCUUAAUUCUGACUUUAUUGAAUACUUAAUACCGGUAAGAAGAUUUUAAAACACUAUGUCGCGUGGAAGGGAUCGGGAUCGCCGUCGGUCCCACUCCCGCAGCAGAAGUAGGAGCAGGAGCAGGAACCGUGAAAGCUCGCCUAAUCGUCGUGGUGUGUCAGAGGUGACUUCUGACCCCAAGACUGUUAAUGCGAGGAUCUUUGUUGGCAGCAUCAAUGCCUUCAUAACACGAGAUAUGCUUCAAGAAUACUUCUCACAGUAUGGCAGAGUUUUGGAGCACCGCAACAUGCCGGUUGAUGAUGCUUUGCGUUUAAUUGAACAAAAUUUUGGAGAAUAUGUCAAGAAAGCCCGUCAACGGAAUAUUCGUGAAGUUGUGCCCCGAGAUAUUCGCAUUUUGAUCUGUGAUUUACUCGACUCGCGUCCGCUCUCCAUGGGCGACCUGGACAAGUUAAUCAAGUACCUGAAGGAACGGCAAAGCAUACUGGUUGAUGACCAGAUAGAACAGAAACGAGAGACAGCUGCAGGAGCCAGUGCAAGUCGUCCCAUGGCAGUUACAUACCCUGGGUAUAACUAUGGCUCUAACAGUGUGGUUGGUUCAGGGACACCAGUCAGUCAGAGCACAACAGCAGCAGCAACAGCCAGUGCUGCAACUGCAGGUACAGCAUUGACUGCUGCAGUUAAUGUUGUCCCUCAGAAUGUUUCAGGCACUGCUUACCCAGCAUACGGUGGCAUGGCUGGUGUGUAUGGCGCUUAUGGUUUGGCACCACAGGUUCCAGCCACCCCAGUAGCACCGCCCAUGAUUACUCAUGGGGCUGUGGGCAGUACAGGAAACAAGCAAAGUGAAUUGCAGGAGAGAAUACUGAAUCUGAUGAAGGGAACUCCAGCUGGUGCAGUGCCCACAGGUGUCCCACCUCCCUCUGGUGUCCCUCCACCCACUGGUGUGCCCCCACCCUCAGGGGUGCCUGCCCCAAGCAUGGUGCCACCUGCCUGGUCUACAGGGGUGUCAACUCACACCAACAAGGUCAGCACCACAGGCAUAAAGCCCACUCAGUCGGCCCCCCCGGGGCAGAGCACUCUUUUUGCUGCCUAUAACCCGUGGAACCAAUGAGCUUCUUUAGAAACCAUGCGCAUUGUGUAGAGUAUGAAACACCAUUAUUUGAGAAACAACAAUUUCCUCCAAUUUUCUGAGAGAUACCUUGUCUGCGUAUGACACUGGAAAUGAUGGACUGAACAUUUUCGCGGAUUUUUCUUUCUAUGCACCAUUAACAGGAUACAAACACUUGAGAACGACUAUAAAACUGACGUUUAAUGUUAAGCAUGAGUUAUUUUGUAGAUGUGUGGAUGAUCUUAGGCAAAAAUGGGGGAGAGUUAAAAAUAAGGCACUUUUAGACACAGUGGCUUCCUAGAUAGGUUGAAGUAUAGAAGUAUCUGAAAUGAUAUAUAAAGGCAUUGAACCACAAAUGAACUCUGGAAAGGUCAGAAUUAGAGAAAAGACCAGAUAUUUUAGAAAAGUAGUACUUAUCAAGAAUGAAAAGAGUUUGCAGAGAAUUUAAUGAUUGCAAGUGAUUUGAAUUCCUGAGUGAGAUAAUGUAUUUCUGAUUUUUUAAGUGAUCCUCCAUUUAAUUUUUUGAACUCUCAGUUUUGUAAUGAUAUAUUGAAAAAAGUUGAAGAAUAAUCAGAGUGUACACUAAGCACAUUCAUAUCCUGAUAAGAACUGAACUAUCAUGGACUUUAGGAGACACAUUUAUCUAAUGUGUCUUAAACACAGUGAUUAAGUGGUUAUUUUGACUUGCUCUUUGAUUUUUUCUCUU